GCAGUUUUGGAGACUAUAAGAAGAACAAAACCACUCUCCGUGUUCCUUCCUUUUGGCUUUUCCCUUUCUCUUCAUUCUUCCACUCUUCAACUCAUUCUUCAACCACUGCUGAUUCCAAGUCUCUCUCUUUCUCUCUCACAUGCUUCAAAUUAGAUUCAAAGAUCGUAACUUUGGCAUUCAGAGAGAGUAACUGUGUGUGUGUGUGUGUGAGAGAGAGAGAGAGCGAGAGAGAGAGAGAGAGAGAGAGAGAGACGAUGGAAGAAGCGCUGAAGGUCUAGUUCAACGCACCAAACGCAGAAAGCGGGUUCCUUUGUUGUCUUAUGGCAUGCCUCUCGAAGAAGAAGAAGAAGCACUGCCUGCAACUGCAACCACUCUUUUCAAUUUCCAAUUUUGACCCUCUUUUGGACCACCCCAUCAUCAUCAUCAUCAACUCACUCUCACUACACCUUCUUCAUGGCCAAUCACAUCUCUUCUUCUUGCUUUCUUCAUGGCCCCUUUCACCUACUCUUCCUGCUCUCCUUCGCUCAAAUGGUACCCUUAACAGUGCAAACAUUCACCGGAACAUACGGUAUAAAUUAUGGGAGGAUUGCAGAUAACAUCCCCUCACCUGAUCAAGUUGUUACUCUUCUCAGAGCAGCAAAAAUAAGGAAUGUUAGAAUCUAUGAUGCUGAUCACAGUGUUCUCAAGGCAUUCAGUGGAACUGGGUUUAAUCUUGUUAUUGGACUUCCCAAUGGGCAGCUGCAAGACAUGAGUUCGAACGCAGAUCAUGCUCUGAACUGGGUCAAAGACAAUGUGCAGUCGUUUCUUCCGGGCACGCCUAUUCGUGGAAUUGCCGUGGGGAAUGAAGUUUUGGGUGGGGAAGACUACAGUUUGUGGGGGGAACUUUUGGGUGCUGCAAAAAAUAUUUAUAACGCUACGAAGAAACUUAAUCUGCAUGAGCAAAUUGAGAUCUCUACGGCAAACUCGUUUGCUGUAUUUUCGAAUUCAUACCCUCCCUCCUCUUGUAAGUUUAAGGACAGUGUUACUCAGUAUAUGAAGCCACUAUUGGAGUUCUUCUCACAAAUUGGCUCUCCUUUCUGUUUGAAUGCUUACCCUUCCCUAGCCUACGCAAGUGAUCCGGAACAUAUAGAUUUGAAUUAUGCUCUUUUUCAACCGACAAAAGGAAUUUAUGAUCCGAAGUUUCGUCUGCACUAUGAUAACAUGCUUGAUGCUCAGAUUGAUGCAGCUUAUUCUGCUUUGGAGAAUGCUGGAUUUAACAAAAUGGAAGUCAUAGUUACUGAGACUGGGUGGGCCUCGAAUGGAGAUCAAAAUGAAGCCGGAGCAAACAUAACUAAUGCGAGGACAUACAAUUAUAACCUGCGUAAAAGGCUUGCGAAGAGGAAAGGAACUCCACAUAGGCCUAAAAAUAUUGUGAAGGCAUACAUCUUUGCGGUUUUCAAUGAGGAUUCGAAGCCUGGAGCAAGUUCUGAGAGGAACUAUGGACUGUUCAAGGCAGAUGGUAGUAUAUCAUAUGAUAUUGGGUUUCACGGACUUAAUGCAGCGCGAUCAUCUCGCUUAUCUCUGAAGUCUGAUUUGUUUUUAUUCCUAGGAAAACAAAAAGAUCAUGUUCCAAGGUUUUUGGAAUAUAUGCAUAUACAAGCUAUUUUCCUUUGAGUUGAUGAUCUUAUCCCUCUUGGAAAUUUGUGUUCAUGUGUGAAACUAUCUAGAGGAUCAACCAUCAAGUUGGUCAUAUAAUUCUUGCUGGUUGGUUGUGCAAACGCGGAUGUAAACCAAAACCUUUUUCUUCAAUGUUUCCAACCGACUCGGAAGCUCCCCUGUUCUUUUCGAUAACUUCCAGCAGCUAUUUAUGAAUGCUGGAUUUGUAGAUAGAUUUCCUUCACUAUAUUUCUUGGCUGUAUUUCACCUUUAGCCUCAUAAAUAGUUCAUUGGAAUUUUGUAUAUCAUGAUUGUGGUAAUUAAGUCUAAAUUAAUGAGACAGCAUGAGAAGCAAUUCAACCCU